AUGCAGCACUACAUUUUGAGUUAUCCUUCUCAAGAGUGCAAUGGGGCUGCCCAGUCACCUUACCAUGCGCAGCCCAACUUCAUCGCCGUUCCUCUUGAACAGUGCAGUGUGCCUAACCAGUCCCAGUAUCACCAGCAUCCAAAUUCGCCUGCUCAACAGGCCAGUUACUACAACCACUUGCUACAUCACCAGCAGCCCCACUCCCUUGCCCAGCAGACCCAUCACUACAGCCACUCGCCUCAUCACCAGCAGUCCCCUGCCCAAACGGCUCAUCACUACAGCCACUCGACGCAUCAUCAGCACCACGUGCCAUCUCAUGCAGCUCACCAGCACGCCGCGGUUCCGCUCGCCGGUGGCGACGCCUACGGUUCGCAGUACGACCCGGCCAUGCAAAGUUUCGCUUUAUAUUACCCACCGGCAGCCCAGGGCCAAUACUACGAUGUCGGUUACCAUCAUCCUGAUGCAGGGGAAGCUCUCGUCUUGGCCAGCGGACUGCCACUUCGGCUAGAAGCGAUGGGCGAUCAGACUGUUACCCAUAAUGUGGACCGCGAGGGCUACUACAACGGUUUGCUGGGUCACGCGCAAUAUCAUUUCCGCCAACGCAGCGGAGAGAGCCAUCGGCGUCGGUUGGAAGGGACCUCGACCAGUUGUCCCAUUGAAAUCAGUGACGAUGAUGUUUCCGUGGGGCAGACUCUCACCUGUCAGGAACUUGUCGAUCAAAAGUUCAAAGAGGCGGAUGCACAAGGCAAAAUCAUUUCAGUGGACGAUUGA